UCCAGUACGCCAGCAGCAGACACUUGCGUGGGGCGCCGAUAGCAGCGCGAUAAAGCAGCAGCACAGAAAAGUAGAGCCAGUCGAUCCAGAUUGUGCAGUCCGACCAGAAGUCUGAUCCUGACGCACCACCGGUGGAUCAGCAGCGAUGGGAGCCUCGCAGACGCGCUCCGAAAACAAGUACCAAGACCUGGCGGAUAAAACUGGAUUUUCCCCGGAGCAGGUUGAAAACCUUCACAAAAGAUUCCAGCAGCUGAGUGGAGAGGAAGACACUAUAAGUAGACAAAACUUGGACAGCAUACCAGCCCUAGCUGACAAUCCAAUCAAAAAACAAAUUGUUGAAGCAUUCUUCGAUAAAAGGAACCAGCAUCAAAAUGAGGUGGGCUCCUUCGAGGAGAUUGGCUUCGAGCAGUUUCUCAUGGUCAUGUCCCACUUCCGCCCUCCAACCUUGAAGACAACGGAGGAGGAGAAGGAAGCUUUGAGAAAAGAGAAGCUUCGCUUCCUUUUCAACAUGCAUGACACGGACAAUGAUGGCACCAUCACUCUGGCGGAGUACAGGAAGGUAGUAGAGGAGCUUCUGUCACAAAGCGGAGCCAUUGAAGACGAAACUGCCAAGGCGAUAGCAGAUGCUGCCAUGUUGGAAGUGGCGAGCACAAAUGUGCCCCACAUGGCCCCGGAUGAGUUCUAUGAGGGAAUUACAUUUGAGCAUUUUGAACAGAUUUUAAAAGGACUUGAAAUGGAGUCCAGGAUGCACAUUCGCUUUUUGGAUGUAAACACCACGACAAUGCGUUGUGGGAAAUUGGCCUCUUGAAGGAGUUCUUCUUUUAUAUAAAUGUUUAUGUUGCUGCUGUUUUUAGCAGAACCUCUCCAGUCCUUUUAAAUGUAAUGGAGCCAAAUGCUUUUGAUACACAUUAAUAUAUUUUUGGAUGGAGGGAAAUAACGAUAUACCUUAUGCCAUACUGUAAUUACAUUUUUAUACAAAUUAUAAAGCUGCUCAUGGUGGAAGUAUCAAAGGAUGUUUAAUUCAGUUUUAAAGCUUUGUGAUCCUAAGAGUAGCAAGUGUUACAUUUCAAAGAGAUUUAUUUCCCAGCUUUUGUCACACUACAAGCAGUCGUAUCAGGUUUCAAACUAACACACCACCUCUCUCUAUACUCCUGCUAUUGUUCAAAUCUUUAUGUAACCAGCUUGUAAUGGGAAAGAUUCUUUGUACUUUCAAAAGGGUCACAUUUCAGAUGAAGUCAGUCAUGCUCAGUGGCUGCUUUGGCAUUCAUGGGUCAUCUGUAAUAAGCUAACAUCCAAAACACUAGACUGCAGGCACGUAGAAUUCCUCUGCAGCCUCAGAAUAGUUCCAGGUUUUAUUUAUCUGUUCCUGAGACUGUGUAACCAGCCACUGCUGUUCUACCAUGAAGAUCUGCUAUUGUUUGACCACUAGUACCCGCUAAGAUGAUUUGUUACAGACUUUGCACUGAAUUGUAUUCAUGAAUAAUAAAAAUAAAAUAAUUAAGACAUUGUGAUAAAA